GCUGGCAUGCCCAGAAAGCCCUCCCUCUGGGCACAAUGACCUCCAUGGGGUGAGAGGAGCUCUCCCCGUGGCUGGGCUGCAGCCCAACCCCACCCCCUCAGGCUAUGCCAGGGGGCGUAGCCAGGGGCAGCCAGGCAGCACCAGUCCUGCCCACUCCUCCAUAAAGCCCUCACACCCCAGGAGCUAGCAGAGCCAGGCAGGAUGGAGAGGAGACGCAUCACCUCGGCUGCUCGCCGCGCCUACGUCUCAUCCUCUGCGGAGAUGGUGGGGGGCCUGGCUCCAGGCCGCCGCCUGGGUGCUGGCACCCGCCUCUCCCUGGCUCGAAUGCCCCCUCCUCUCCCGGCCCGGGUGGACUUCUCCCUGGCCGGGGCACUCAACGCUGGCUUCAAGGAGACCCGGGUCAGUGAGAGAGCAGAGAUGAUGGAGCUCAAUGACCGCUUUGCCAGCUACAUUGAGAAGGUUCGCUUCCUGGAACAGCAAAACAAGGCACUGGCUGCUGAGCUGAACCAGCUGCGGGCCAAGGAGCCCACCAAGCUGGCCGACGUCUACCAGGCUGAGCUGCGCGAGCUGCGGCUGCGGCUCGACCACCUCACCGCCAACAGCGCCCGGCUGGAGGUCGAGAGGGACAACCUGGCACAGGACCUGGGCACCCUGAGGCAGAAGCUCCAGGAUGAAACCAACCUGAGGCUGGAGGCUGAGAACAACCUGGCCGCCUUUCGACAGGAGGCAGAUGAAGCCACCCUGGCCCGUCUGGAUCUGGAGAGGAAGAUUGAGUCCCUGGAGGAAGAGAUCCGGUUCUUGAGGAAGAUCCAUGACGAGGAGGUUCGGGAACUCCAGGAGCAGCUGGCCCAACAGCAGGUCCACGUGGAGCUGGAUGUGGCCAAGCCAGACCUCACAGCGGCCCUGAGAGAGAUCCGCACGCAGUACGAGGCAGUGGCAUCCAGCAACAUGCAUGAGACAGAGGAGUGGUAUCGGUCCAAGUUUGCGGACCUGACAGACGCUGCUGCCCGUAACUCGGAGCUGCUCCGCCAGGCCAAGCACGAGGCCAACGACUACCGGCGCCAGCUGCAGGGCUUGACCUGCGACCUGGAGUCCUUGCGCGGCACGAACGAGUCCCUGGAGAGGCAGAUGCGCGAGCAGGAGGAGCGCCACGCGCGGGAGGCGGCGAGCUACCAGGACGCGCUGGCCCGGCUGGAGGAGGAGGGGCAGAGCCUCAAGGAUGAGAUGGCCCGCCACCUGCAGGAGUACCAGGACCUGCUCAACGUCAAGCUGGCCCUGGACAUCGAGAUCGCCACCUACAGAAAGCUGCUGGAGGGCGAGGAGAACCGUAUCACCAUUCCUGUGCAGACCUUCUCCAACCUGCAGAUCCGAGGGGGCAAAAGCACCAAUGAAGGGGAAGGUCACAAGGUCACAAGACAUCUCAAAAGCCUCACAAUACAAGUUAUACCAAUACAGGCUCAGCAGAUUGUAAACGGAGCCCCGCCGGCUCUCGAAACCAGCCUGGACACCAAGUCCGUGUCAGAAGGCCACCUCAAGAGGAACAUCGUGGUGAAGACCGUAGAGAUGCGGGAUGGAGAGGUCAUUAAGGAGUCCAAGCAGGAGCACAAGGACGUGAUGUGAGGCAGGCCCCACCUGGUGGCCCCUGCCCCACAGUAUGAGGAGCCUGCAGCAGGAGCAGGACAGUUGCCCCACUUCUGGUAGCUCAUUUUUCCAGACUUGAGUUCCCACCCGCCCAGCUGCUCCCCUCCCUCCGUCUCUACCCAGCUUGCUGCCCUAGGCUCCGUCAGCAUUAGGCCUGUCGCACAGCACCCACCCGGCACCCAGCAGCUCCAACUAACAGGGCGUUAACCCCAAAGGGGCAGCGUGGAAAGGCAUGGCCAGUAGCUUGGGUUAGAAUUGGGAAGAGGAGAGGCAGGGGACCUAAUAAAUCACCCUCAUAUCCCCAGUCCCUGUUGUUAUGGCAACUGUUGCCAGAGCUGGAGGUCUCGGGCUUGUCUGGCACUGGGCCUUUGAGUUUCCUCAGGCUGCUGGAGGAAAAGUGAAACCCAGACAGGAAGGGGAAGUCCCCACAGGCAAGGGAGCCCUGGCCACAGGCUUGUUCUUCUAGACUGACCCUGACCAGUGUAAGAGUGGGUGGUGAGGUCCCGCCAGAUCCCAGAGGGGCCUCCUGAGUAACGAUCCAAGUGUCUCAGUCCCACUGAGCCACCAUCCAGGCCCCCUGUCUGUGGGCAUGCCGUGGGCACGCGGGCACCUGAUUCUCAGCACUUGGGGGAUCUACAGUGUACGUGGAGAGGGAAGGGGUGCUGGGAGGGAUAGAGGGGGGCUGCCUGGCCCCCAGAUGUAGGUGCAGAGAGGUCAAGCCCUGGAGGACUGCCCCAUGCAGGCUGGAGGGGGCACUAGCAGAGACGGUGCAGGUGGCAGUUGGGAUGAUGCUAGACAUUACAGUCGGGGGUUGUCAGUGACCAGUUACACUUGGCCUCUGGGUUGUGGGAAUCAAGGAAGUGAUUCAUCCUCUUGACGAUGCUGAAAUAGGAGAGAGAGGGGCUGCUGCCCAGGGGGGCAGGGCACAACUUUGUCCCAGUUCUAAAGGCCUCUUCCUUGCCGCACAAUCCCAUCCACCCAGGCCCCUGAGCCCUGGGACUGCUGACCCCCUGCCCCCAUAAUGACCAGCUGCUUUUCCCUCACCCAAGGGCCUCUCGUGAUCCCUUCUUGCUCAUACACGAUAUGUACCCAGUAAUUUAGGUAGCAGCCUACUUUACAAUUUAGGAAAUUGAGGCAUGAACAGAGUGACAACAUUGGCUUAUGUUCCUGCAGCCUGGAGGCUGGCACUCGGGGCUGACACUUCCGCCCCUGAGCACCCCUCUGCUUUCCCUGGGCAGACUGGUGGGCAAGUGGUGGGUACCUGUGCCCAGAAAUGGGGCCAGGAGGGCCCACCCCAGUGUCCUCCUCUCCCCUCUAAGGCUGAAAGGAGAGGUAGGGGUCCCUCCCUCUUCCCAAAACUUGGUGUCCUUUCCUCCGACUCCUUUCUGCCACCUGCUGCUGCUGCUGCUAACCUUCAGGGCACUGCUGCUGCCUUUAGUCACUGAGGAAAAAUAAAGAUAAAUGCUGCGGCCUUUCCCA